GCGAACCAGGCUGGAAAUUAUAUUUUGGUUAAAAUUAAAUCAUUUUGAUUUUGUCAUUUUUAAGUGAAUUUAAGUAAGUUAAGGGAAUAUAAAAAGGUUGCCAGUAUGGAUGAUAGUAUGUUCAAUAUAUGUACAAAGGAUAAAUCCGAUGAAGAAGCUCAAAAAUAUCGUGAAAUCGGAAAUAAGUAUUUUUUUGAGAAGGAUUGGUUUUAUUCUCUACUUAAUUAUAAUGCAUCGAUUUUAUUUGCUAAAUCGAAGACUGUUGCAUCAUUGGGAUAUGGAAACAGAAGUGCUGUUUACUUUGAGACACGACGAUACAAAGAUUGUUUAUUAAACAUGAAGUGGGCUCUUGAUAAUGAAUAUCCAGAAGAAAAACGUGAAAAAUUUACAAUACGAAUAGAAAAGUGCAAGAUUAUGAUGGCAAUAUCAAAUCCAGAACCUAUUGAUCCGUUGAAGGUGUUUGAGCUUUCAUAUCCAGCUAAUGAGAAGAUUCCAUGGCUUGUUGACUGUGUUGAGAUGCGACGUACUAAAGUAUUUGGUCGUGGAAUCUAUGCUACAAGAGAUUUAAAGCCUGGUAAUGUAAUCUGUGUUGAAGAGCCUGUAUUUACCUAUACAAAUGAGAUGUUUAAAUUUGUUCGAUGCUAUCAAUGUGUAAAAGGAAACGCAAUGAACUUAAUUCCUUGUGAUCAAACAGCAUCAAUGAUGUUCUGUUCGACUGAAUGCAAGAAAAAACUUUACAAAGAGGCUGUAAAUUUAGACGAAAUUUCAUCUGUUGAUGUAAAAAUGCUGUCGAAUGUUAGUGCUGCUUUUGGAAGUGUUGAAAAGUUCGAUAAUUUUAUUCACGACACAGACUUAAAGAACCUCAACAAAAGCAUCUUUGAUUACGAUUGGACAGAGACAAAUGAUCCGGAAUAUAAGAAAAAUUUAAUGACUUGCUUGCUGUCAUUAUCCACAAACGAUCAUAUUAUUGAUAAUUCAUGUCAUAUCCGUGACUAUGUGUCAGAAAAAGCUGUUCAGCAUCUUUUGAGUGUGUUUAAUAUAAAUAACAAAAAUUCUUACUACUUGGUUAAUUCAACUAUUACUCAAGGCCUGAAUUUUGGUCAUCAAGUUUCAUUGUUUGAAAGCCUGAUCAACCAUUCAUGCUUUAGUAAUGUCAUUUGCAUGAAUCUCGAUAAUAAAGUAUUCACAAUCGUAUUUAGAGCUAUUAAAGAAGGCGAGCAGCUUUUUGUCAAUUAUGACGAUUUAUCAAAAGAAGGUGAUGAAUACUUCACUGAUGAUAUUCACUUGUUUAAAUGCAAAUGCGAAGUUCAUCGAUAUAUGAAAAACCAUUUUGUUAAUUUACCAUCUUUGAACAACGCUGGCUACAUCAUGAAUUUAAUCAAAACUGCAAUAGUGGAAAUGAUACUUAAUAAUCCUGAAAAAGUAAAAAGAUCAAUGGUGAAAAUUUGGGACGAUCUCAAUCAAGAUACGAGUAUUCCAAAUUUUAUGAGAUAUAAUUAUCCUCAUGCACUGGUAGCUUUGAGAAUGAUAACUUUUUCUUUAACAUAUCCAAUAACCUUUUAACAAAAAUCAUGCAUACAUACUUAACAUAUCAAUUUACCUAAAUUUGAGUGUACAACAGUGCAAUGAGAACAAGCUUUACUUGCACUUAAGUCCAUUAAGGAUGCAGAUUAUUUUCUUUUUUCAACUUAAUACUAAUUACAUUUUAACUUGUGCCACCAAACAAUUAGAUUAGCUCUUGAAUAAAAGCUUUCUUUUUGAAAAAUAGUAA